GGUAAAUGGCAUUGCCUUGCCGUUGCCGCUCACUCCAUUAAUUACUAAAUAGUAAUACUACUCUUCUUCACAUCAUCACACAUUACAAUAUCAUCCUUUUCCUCUCUAUUUUUCCCUUCCCCACACUAAUAAUAAUAACUAACAAAGAAAAAGAAAAAGAAAAGUAGUGUUGUUGUUGUUAUUAAUUAGUAUUCCCAAUCCCCCCAAUGGGGAAGAAAGGAGGAGGCAGCAGCAGUUGGUUCUUUGCUGUCAGGAAGGCCUUCAAACCUUCUCCUCCUCAACAUACUCAGAAAUGUGAAGAAGAGGGUCCUGAAGUUGUGUCGUUUAAGCAUUUUCCAGCAGUUAAAAGUUCUUGUGAGAGCACCAAUUCUACACCAUUAACAAAUACUGAUAGAUCAAACCAUGCCAUUGUGGUGGCUGCCGCCACUGCAGCAGCGGCUGAGGCUGCAGUGGUAGCAGCUGAAGCGGCAGCAAAGGUUGUUCAGUUGGCUGGAUAUAGCCGCUUAUACUCCAAGGAAGAAAGAGCUGCAACUAUUAUUCAAUCUUGGUAUAGAGGUCACUUGGCUCGAUGUGCAUUGCGUGCAUUAAAAGGUUUGGUAAGGCUACAAGCAUUGGUACGAGGCUACAACGUACGCAAACAAGCACAAAUGACAAUGCGAUGCAUGCAAGCUUUAGUUCGUGUCCAAACUCGAGUUCGAGCACGGAGGCUUCAACUAACGCACGACAAGUUUCAAAGAAAAAUCGAGGAGGUCGAAGAAGAAGAAAAACUAAAAAAGAAAUAUGAAAAAUUGAUGGCUUCCCAUAGAAGAAGUGAAAUGGUAACACAAAAUAGAGAGAAAAAUAGAAAACAGCUUUCUUCAAAGAAGCACGAACCGGGUCAAUUUUAUGAAGGCGGAAACCGGCGUACAACACAAUGGGGUUGGAGUUCGCUGGACCGCUGGAUGCCUUCUCAACCUUCCCAUGCUCAUGACGACAUGUCGGAGAAGACCGUCGAAAUGAACUUGGACUCUGGCCAGGGCCAGGGCCAUGUUCCGAGCUAUAUGGCCCCAACUAAGUCGGCUAAGGCCAAGGCCCGGAAUACGAGUGGAGUUAAACAACUGAGCCCACUAUUGAGCCCAUCAACGAGGAAAAGUUGGGCUCCUGAGUCAUCGAGUUCGACUGUUAACCAGGCUCAAUAUGGCCCAAUAAACAAAAGUAAUGGGAGAAAUACCCAAUUACAUGGUAGUUGUAUUACGUGGCACGACCCAGAUUACUAUGGUGGUGAGGAGUGGACCUUUCCUCUUGGAGCCCAUGGUUGGAGUUGAAUUGGUAAAAGUAGGCCCAUUGAUAUUUGUUUGCUCUUGAGUGAUUUCAUAAAAAAUGUAACAUAAAGUGUUUCCUUUGCACAUCCUUGCAUGUUUGAGGUUGAUAAAACGUUAAUUAAUUAUCAUUGUAAAAAUACAUAAAUUUGUAUCUUAUCUCUGUAAUACCUAAACUCAAAUUAAUGCAUUUUAUGAUGUUUAUCAAAUAAAAAUAAAUUAUUGGUAUAGCAUAA